CCUGUAAAUCACUGGAAUAAUAUAAAACUACUACUACUACCUUCACAACUAAAAACCUCUAUUAAAUGCAAUUUUGCUAGAAAUGUUGUUUAUUUUUUGAUUUUUUAUUUAAACACAUUGUAGUUGCGUCAUCUCUUACAAAUACCCCAAUAUAAAACUGACACUUUCAUUCAUCUUACCCACAUCUUCUCUCAACAAACUAACCAACUUAGGAGAGAGAAAAUCUGAGAUUUUUUUUGUUUUUUUUUAAAAUUCCCAUUUUUCCCAUCUUCCUGAUCAAACAAGAAAACAAAGAAAAAUCACAAAUUUUGUGUUUUUUUGGUGUGAUUUUCGAUGUGUUCUGCAAGAAACAGGGGAAAACAGGGGAAAACUAUGGAAAAUAAUGGGAAUAAUUUCUGUGAAAACAACAAAAAAUGCAACGAAAAAUACGGUCAGAAGAGUAAAAAUUGCAGGCUUUUGAAUUUUCAUGAGUUGCCUGAAUAUAUGAAAGAUAAUGAGUUUAUUCACAAGUAUUAUAGAGCUGAAUGGCCUUUAAAACAAGCUUUUUUUAGCUUGUUUCAAUGGCAUAAUGAGACCCUUAAUGUUUGGACGCAUUUACUUGGAUUUAUUCUGUUUGUGGGAUUGACUGUUGUAAAUGCAGCCCAUGUGUCACAAGCUGUUGAUCUUUUUGGAAUUUUUAGGACUUUUCCCUCAGGAGCAGAUACAAAUUCAUCCCAUGAUUCGACUAAACUCUUUAUGGGUGUUACAAACAUGGUUAAUUUGGAGAACAUAUCUCAUCAAGGAGCUAAUCACAUAGUGACAGAAGCAGUAAGAUGGCCAUUUUAUGUAUACUUAGCUGGCUCAAUGUUCUGCCUUCUUUCGAGUAGUGUAUGCCAUCUCUUCUGCUGUCACUCCCACGACAUGAACCUAUGGCUCCUACGAAUGGACUACACCGGGAUCACUGUCAUGAUCAUCACUUCGUUCUUCCCUCCAAUUUACUAUAUCUUUCAAUGCCAACCCCUCUGGCAGAUUACCUAUCUUGCAGGGAUAUCAAUCUUUGGUGCAUUCACAAUCGCGACCCUACUAUCUCCUACACUGUCAUCAGGAAAAUGUCGUGCCUUUCGUGCAAUUCUCUUUGUGUCCAUGGGCUUAUUUGGACUUAUCCCUGCAGUACAUGCUUGUGUCUUGAACUGGAAUAACCCGAGAAGGAAUCUGACUCUUGCAUAUGAGUCUGGUAUGGCCUUGUCUUACCUUAUUGGGACCGGAUUCUAUGUGAGCCGUGUCCCAGAGAGGUGGAGGCCUGGUUGGUUUGAUCUUGCAGGUCACAGCCAUCAGAUUUUUCAUGUGUUUGUGCUGUUGGGUGCACUCGCUCACUACGGUGCUGCCCUGCUUUUCAUGGAGUACAGAGACGCGGUUGGAUGUUGACAAUCACCCCAUGAUUAACCUUGGGUUCACCUUCAUUUAUUCAUCUUCAUUAUAUUCUAUAAUUUAUUGUAAGCUUGAUUAAAUAUUUGAAAGUUUCAUAGGAUUUGUAGAUAAACAAAAAUUAUUAUUAUUCAUUUAUUAAGCUGUUCAAGGCUCUGAUGAGUAGUUCAGCAACACAACAUUUGCUUAUAUAUUUGUUGUAAUCUUUUAACAACUAGGAAAUCCAAGACAAGAAGCAAUUGUACAAUACUUUGUAUCAGUUUUAUGUAUAAAUUUGUUGCACAA